AGAACAAAUAAAAUUUAUGCCACAAUGGCCAAACAACACGGAGGAUAUGAAAAAGUUGGUUGUUUGGAGAAAGAUGUUAGAAAUCAUUUGGAUAAGGAACGUCGUCUGAAUUUAGAAUCAGGAGAUGCAAAUGCAAUGUUGGAGUGUUUUAUGCUUAUGCAAGAAGAAAAUCCAAGAUUUUUUUAUGCAUUUGAUUUGGAUGAUGAUGGUCGUGUAAAAAAUGUAUUUUGGGUGGAUGCAAAUGGUAGAGAUGACUAUCAAGAAUUUGGAGAUGUGAUUUCAUUUGAUACCACAUAUAUCACAAACAAAUAUAAAAUGCCAUUUGCUCCAUUCAUUGGUGUGAAUAAUCACUUUCAAUCAAGACUCCUUGGUUGUGCAUUACUAGCAAAUGAGUCAUCUGAGAGUUUCAUAUGGUUGAUGAAAAUAUGGCUUAGGGCAAUGGGCGGCAAACCUCCAAAUGCAAUAAUAACCGAUCAAGAUAGAGCAAUGAAAGUGGCCAUUGAAGAGGUAUUUCCAAACACUCGACAUCGGUUUUGUUUGUGGCAUAUACUUAGAAAGGUGCCCGAGAAGUUAAGCCAUGUAAUGAGAAAAAAUGAAGAUUUCACCCGUGAUUUUAACGCAUGCAUUUACAAGUCUCGGUCAAUACAACAAUUUGAAGAUAAAUGGAAAGAAAUGGUAUAGAAAUUUCAACUGUCAGAGGAUGGGUGGAUUCGAUCUUUGUAUGGAGAACGUGUACAUUGGGUUCCUGUUUACAUGAAAGAUACAUUUUUUGGUGGCUUGUCAACGACUCAAAGAUCAGAGAGCAUUAACUCUUUUUUCGACAAAUAUGUCAACAAGAAAACUACAUUAAAGGAGUUUGUUGAAAAAUAUAAGGUUGCUUUGCAAGAUAGAGAAGAGGCAAAAAAUGCAUGUUGAUUUUAAUACAUGGCAUAAACAACCUGUUCUUAAAACUCCAUCACCUUUUGAGAAGCAAAUGUCAAUGAUUUAUACACAUGAAAUUUUCAAAAAGUUUCAAGUAGAAGUUACAGGGUUAUCUGGAUGCCAUCUUUUGAAAAAGAGUGAACAUGGUGUGCACACCUCUUUUACAAUAUUUGACUUUCAAAAGAAUGAAGAAUUUGUUGUAGAGUGGGAUGCAUUGAAAGAGGACAUUUCUUGUGUAUGUCGUUUAUUUAAGUAUAAUGGAUAUCUUUGUAGCAUUCAUUAAUGGCCCUCCAAUCUAAUGGUAUAUUUGUUUUCCCAUCACAAUAUAUAUUAAGAAGAUGGACAAAGGAUAUUAGAAGUCGGUAUCAUAAAGGUAAAGUUAAUAGAGAUGUUUGUUCUAAUAAGGAGAGAUAUGAUCGUCUAUAUCAAAAGACAUUCCAAUUGUUGGAGGAAGAAUCAUUAACUAAUGAGAGUUACAACUUUGCAAGUUAUGCACUAGAAGAGACCUUAAAAGAGUGUGCAAUCAUUAAUCAGUCCUUGAAAACUGGGCAAAAGAAUAUUGAGAAGAACAGUUUACUUGACAAGAAAUUGCUUGAUCCUCCGGUGUCAAAAACAAAAGGGGCUCCGAGAAGAAUGAAGAGCGGCAUUGAGAGAGGUCGGAAGAGAACAUCUAAUGGAAGAGUGAAAAAGGUUGGAGUUUAUUAUUUCAUCAAAUUUUCUCACAAAUAUUAUUAUUUAACUCUAAGCCUAAUGAUUGUGAUUUUUACCAUGUGAUUAUAUGAAAAUGAAGGUUGCUGUUGUUGAAAAAGAAACAAUAAUUCUUAAUGAAGAAGUAGUGGCUACAUCAACAACAAUGGUAUAAGAUUUUAUAUUAACUAUAUGAUUUGAUAUUUUAUUUGUAACUAUACUGGAAGAACUCUACUAAUUAUCUCUCAUUUUUUUCUCAUAUAUAGGCAAACCAAUCAAGUUUAAGGAAUUGAAGUAUCAACCAGAAUUUUUUACUCAAAAUUUUUAUUUUAUUCAGCAAAUGUAUUUCUUUUUGUUUUAUUUAACAGAAUACUCAGCUGAUAUUUGCUUUUGUUGUGUUAAGAAUUAGACUAAAAGUA